AUGGAUCCCAACUCUUCCUCUGCGCAACACGGUCAACACGGCCAGCAGGCUCGGCAGAUGCCCGUAUACGACCUUAGUCAAGGUGGGCAUUAUGGCGCAAGUGCAGCGAUCUCUUCUCAAGGCUUUGCACCCUCUGAGUUGUACACCGGCACAUGGGCGAACGUCCAUCAGGGCCUAACGGGCCAUUACAAGGAUGUGCUCACGGCUUACUGGCAGCACACCAUCAACCACCUCGAAAGCGAUACGCACGACUACAAGAUGCACCAGCUGCCUUUAGCGAGGAUCAAGAAGGUCAUGAAGGCGGAUCCGGAAGUCAAGAUGAUCUCCGCCGAGGCCCCGAUUCUGUUCGCGAAGGGCUGCGACAUCUUCAUCACCGAGCUCACCAUGCGCGCCUGGAUCCAUGCCGAGGAAAACAAACGGCGUACCCUACAACGAUCCGAUAUUGCCUCCGCGCUCGCCAAGUCCGACAUGUUCGACUUCCUCAUCGAUAUCGUCCCUCGUGAAGAGGCUUCCUCGCAUGCCAAGCGGACCACUAACCAAGCGACUGCCGCGGCUCAGCCCGCGGCCCCACAGCCGCAAAUCCCGGGCGUUGGCGCCCCGAACCACGCCGGUCAACACCCCAUGGCCGCACCGGAUUACACCCUUGGGGGUCAUAACAUGGGGCCUGAUCCUGACUACCGCCAGCCGCAAACAAUGUAUCCCGGCCAGGUCCAACCCGGUGCACCUGCGUACGGCCAACCCCAGGCUCCGAUGUACAACGUGGACGACAUCUACAACUACGGUGGGAUACCUCCUCAGCAGGGCGCCUAG